GCUGUGCUGACUUACCCCUACAGCCUAUCACCAAAAGCGUGACUUUGCACUGGAAGGAUCACUGCAACACAUGGCAUUGAGCAUUGCCGCGGGAGUGCAGGAGUAUGUCCAGGCCAUGGUGGACCGAAUCUCUGGAAUGAAGGUCCUGAUCCUCGAUGAGGAGACCAUAGGCAUUAUCAGCAUUGUCUACUCGCAGAGCGACAUCCUGAAGCAUGAGGUCUUCCUGGUGGAGCGCAUCGAUGCAGAUUCUUUUGCAUCUCAGGAAAAGAUGCGGCACAUGAAUGCUGUGUGCUUCCUUAGGCCCACGAACAAAAACUUCCUGAAGCUUUCGCAGGAGCUGAAGAAUCCCAAGUACAAUGAGUAUCAUCUCUUUUUCACCAACGUGGUGCCACACGUGCGCUUGGACCCUUUGGCGUCCUGCGACGAGUACGAGCUUGUCAAGCAGGUGCAAGAGUUCUUUGCGGAUGUUUAUGCCGUGAACCACGACCUCUUCUCCUUAAAUUUGCCAUCUACAGUCCGCCUGACCGAGGAUCAUCACUGCUGGAGUCCCUACGAGGAAAGUGUCUUCGAACGGAUCAUCGAGGGUCUCCUAGCCACUUGCCUUACGCUGCGCAUGUUGCCGGCCAUUCGCUACACCGGCGCGUGCGAGCUUACGAGGCAACUUGCUCAUCGCCUGGAGUCAAGAAUCCAUGAAGAGCAGAGCCUCUUUGAAGGGAUUGUCAAGUCGCAACAAAAGGGAGAAUCCACUCCUGUUCUGUUGCUGUUUGACCGAAGGAACGACCCAGUUACGCCGUUGCUACAGCAAUGGACCUACCAGGCCAUGGUCCAUGAGCUCCUGGGGAUGACCAACAACAUGGUCGACCUCAAAAAGGUUUCAAAGGACAUCAACCGGGAGUUGGAGACCAUUGUGAUGUCUCCGUUGCAGGACCAGUUCUUCAACGACAACUUGUUUUCCAACUUUGGAGACCUUGGACAAAAUAUCCGCAAGUAUGUCGAGAAGUAUCAGAAUGACACCAAGAACACUGCCCGCAUCGAAUCUAUUGAGGAGAUGCAGCGGUUUGUGGAUGAGUACCCAGAGUUUAGACGUUUGUCAGGAAACGUGUCAAAGCACGUCAAUGUAGUCAGCGAGUUGUCAGCUCUGAUUGAAGCACAUGGACUCUUGGAGGCCUCUCAGCUGGAGCAAGACAUCGCGUGCACGGAAAAUCGCCAGGAGCAUUUCCGCACCUUGGUGGACUUGUUGAAGAACUCCAAGAUCACCACCGUGGAAGGACUCCGCUUGGUCCUGCUCUUCGCUUUGAGGUAUGAGCAGGAGUACAACUCCAUUGCACAGCUCAAGGAUCAGCUGCGUAUCAAGAAGGUUGGCGAUGAUCAAAUAGGACUCAUCGACAAGCUGCUUCGGUAUGCUGGAUCGCAAGUUCGGAGCAGCGAUCUGUUCCAAAACAAAUCUUUCCUUCAGAUUGCCAAGAGCACCUUGACAAACAGCUUCAAGGGUGUGGAAAACGUCUACACUCAGCACAAGACCCAUUUGUCAACGGUGGUGGAGUCUUUGAUGAAGGGCCGCCUGAAAGAGACCAGCUAUCCCUACAUGCAGAGCAAGGUCUCUGGCACAGCAGCAAAAGACCCUCCGAGACGAGCUGUGGUGUUUGUGGUUGGCGGUUGCACAUACGAAGAGGCACGAGACAUCGCCGAGCUCAACAAGAUGGCUGACGGCGCUUUCAGGUCGUAG